AUGGUCCAACCUAACGCACAUCCGCCCUCGGCGUCUCUCGCGGCGCUGCUGCGGCACUUUGGUCUGCCGCCGAGCUGUCGCAGUGUGCAGGAACUCCGCGCCACGUACGUUCGCCUCGCGAAGCAGCUCCACCCGGACAAGAACGGGGGAAAAGGGUCGAGGGAGUUCGGCGAAUUGCACGAACGCUAUCUGGCGUGUCUUCACCUGCUUCAGUGCGCAGAAAGCCACGCGCGGAGCGCCGCGUCCCACUUUGGCGCCUUCGCCUCUUCUUCCCACGGCUCGCGGGGUCCGUGCACUCCCGGCUACAGGACGCGCCCCGACCAGAAUCCUGGCGCCUUCGCUGCGUCGUUCGCGGCAGGCUUCGAGACCCGACAGGCGCAGUGGACCUACGAGGAGUGGGCGGCGAAGAUGCGUGAGAAAAUGGGGCCGACGCACCGGCGCGGCUUCGACUGGCGAACCGCCGAGCGCGAGGCCAGCGGGGGAAGUGGGAACUUCCAGACGCAGCGGCGAGAGGCGCCGAGGGAGCGAGACUCGUGGAGGAAGAGCUGCCGAGUUGCAGGACUUCUCGGUGUCGGGUUUCUCUCCGCAGUCUUCAUGCAGCAAACAAGUGGAGACGCCCACAGGGAAUGGAACGAGCGCGUCCAGCGUCACAAACAGCCUGUCGGGCGCGCGAGAGAAACGCUAGAGGACAGGCGCGAUGCCGGCGGGGAAGACACCGAGAAGCGCGCCAGAGGGACGGCGGAGACCGCGCGCGGCCGCCGGGGCCUACCCGGAGGGGCGAGCGGAAGAAGCGGGAAUGAACAAGUGGGCGUGCUGGGGCGCGAGCUUCUCGGCGGGGAGGAAAGAACGGGAAAACAGACCGAAGAGGAGCCGCCAGCUGGCGAAAUGCUACGAGUGGACGACGCGCACCACGAGGCAGAGAAUGAGUACCGCAGAGGGACAGUGAAGAGGAGACUGAGACGCCGGAGCCAGUACGGCGAGAAAGAAAAGACGACGCCGCAUGUCGACGAUCUCAAAGAUGGAGGCGCGGCGCAGCAGCUCAGCCGAGAAGGUCAGGGGACCGGCUUUGUCGCGCGUGUCGUCCCUCCCGUCGAUGUGACCAGGGGCCACCGAGGCGUGCAUCGAGAGUCUCGGUAUAUCGCGGGCUACGGUGGAGCGACAGGGGCGGGUUUCGACGACUAUCUCGCGGAGUGUGAGGUGCAAAGAGAGUUGGCGAAGAAAAACGACACGAAACAAAGAGAGGUGAACGGAAGAGAAGACAGGUGUCCUGUGUCGCCGACGACAGCAGCCUUCGAAAGCGUUGGCGAGGUCGCGGGAAAGCGUGGAGUUAAGGGAGGCGGAAUCGGAGAUGGCGAGACGUCUUUCAGAGGAGAAAGGAGGCCUCGAGACAAAGCGUCGCCAACCAGCAGCGAACAGGCGGAAGCUCGAGCUGCGGCAGACGCGAUUGGUGCGGAGUUUAAGAGAAAUAUUCGCGCGCGCGUGCCUACGCCGAAUGCUCACUUCCGUCCUCACUGGCAGAUUCAGAACUGA